AAAUAUUCGAGGCCCACAAACACACGUCUUCUCCGUUGUGCUAACCUAAGCCUCUCCUCUCUUAUAUUUCCCUCCACAAUGCCACCACUUCUCAAACUCACCUCCUUCAAAGCCCUAAUUCACCCCCAUUUUCUCCGCCGCUCCACGCCGUCGCCGGCGCGGACUUCUCUGGCGAAUUCAAUAAAGGCUCUCACUCCUCGCGGCGCUCUCUCGGCGCACGAUAAGGCGGUAAAGUUAGGGUUUUGCAGGUUAACAUCGUGUUGUAAACGUGAAGUUGAUUCGACUGCUGAUAUGAGUGUAAUUGAGGAGAAUGAUUGCUCGGAGACGGCGAAUUUGUCGGUGAAUGGUGUGGUGGAGGUGUCGAAGCAGGCAGUGUCGAAGCAUCAGUCUACGAAGCUGCUUACUUUGCCUACUGUUUUGACAAUUGCUCGUGUCGUGGCUGUGCCGGUUCUGAUAUGCACUUUCUAUAUGAAUAGUUGGUGGGGAACAACUGCUACAACAGGUAUUUUCAUUGCAGCAGCAAUCACAGAUUGGCUUGACGGGUACCUUGCUCGAAGGAUGAAGCUAGGAAGCGCAUUUGGUGCAUUUUUAGAUCCUGUAGCUGAUAAGCUAAUGGUUGCUGCUACUUUGGUCUUGUUGUGUACCAGACCGCCAGAAGUUGCUAUCUUUGAACAGUUUCCGUGGCUACUGACCGUACCUUCAAUUGCUAUGAUUGGUAGAGAGAUCACCAUGUCUGCAGUUAGAGAAUGGGCUGCUUCCCAGAAUAGUAACCUUUCAGAGGCCGUUGCUGUUAAUAAUUUGGGGAAAUGGAAGACAGCAGCACAGAUGACAGCACUAACCAUUCUACUGGUAACUAGAGACAGCAGUUUUACAGGACCAGGGGUUCUUAUUGGUUUUGGCAUUGCUUUGCUUUAUAUCUCAGCAUGGCUAGCUGUAUGGUCACUAGUUGUCUAUAUGAAGAAGAUAUGGAAAGUAUUGCUUAUGUAGAUACUUGGUCCUGGGCUUGACCUGAUUUUUAAUGGGUUUGAAAACAUGAACUACAACCGCAAUUUGGUAAAUGAUUCAAGAUAUUUCAACUGGGAUGUCCUUGUACAGGUGGAUAAAAUGGCCCUUUUCUGGUCAGCAUCUCCACUUUACACUCCCCCUUAAAGAUAUCACAGAAGCCCUUGACCUUCAUGCUAAAGGGCCUUUUAUAUUACGGGUUCUAGGCCUACUGGCGCUCAAGGUUAAUGUAGCACAGUUACUUCCAACAUCCAACUCUCGUUUUUUAAGUUUGUUCCGGGACAAUUGUGUUGCUUGGUAAAUCUAUAAUAUAUGGCACUAAAUUCUUGAGGGACAAAAUGCUUGAUCCUCUAUGCAAAUGAUAUUUUAUUGCAUAUUAGGAUUGUAGUGCAGAUAUUCUUUAUCACAUAUAUGUGGUAUGUAAUAAUACAAGCAUGUUUAGAUCAGUAUUUAAGAUCUGCUAAAUAGUUAUCUUUUGCAUUUUGCCGUU